UUUCUGGUCAUUUCCACUAGUUCGCCACGUUGGAAGACUUGACGGAUGGCUUUGAUUGUGAAGUUUUUGUGAAAUUUGUUAUAAAAAUUUUUAUUAUUUAUUGUUGAAUACAAACACAAGGAUUUCAAGAUGAAGGUGAAAGAAUUAUUGAAGAAUGUGAAUGUGGCAUGGUCCCCGCAAGCUCAACAUCCGAUUUUAUUGGCUGCAGGAACGGCUGCACAACAGCUGGAUGCAAGUUUCAAUACUUCAGCGAGUUUAGAUAUAUAUGCACUUAAUCUUCAACAGCCGGGUUAUGAAAUGGAGCAUAAAGUCAGCGUACCUAGUGAUCACAGAUUUCAUAAAAUAAUAUGGGGAUCAUAUGGCGAUAAUCCAGCUGGUGUAAUUGUUGGUGGUUGUGAUUAUGGAACGAUAAAAAUUUAUUCGGCUGCAAAAUUAUUAGCGAACGAGAGUAAUUGUUUAUUGAGCAGUCCCGACCGACACACUGGACCAGUACGUGCAUUGGAUUUUAAUCCAUUUCAAUCGAAUUUAUUAGCAACUGGCGCGUCGGAAAGUGAAAUUUAUAUUUGGGACGUGAACAAUACAAAUACACCAAUGGCACCGGGAACUCGAAGUCAGCCCGCGGAAGAUGUGCAAUACAUCGCCUGGAAUAAACAAGUUCAACAUAUUCUCGCCUCAACAUUUUCACAGCGCUGUGUCAUUUGGGAUUUAAGAAAAAAUGAGGCGAUUAUUAAACUUACUGACGCCAAUUCAAAGGUUCGAUGGAAAGUAGUUCAAUGGCAUCCAGAUGUGGCGACGCAACUUUGUUUAGCCUCUGAGGAUGAUCAGGCGCCAGUUAUUGAAUUAUGGGAUUUGAGAUUUGCCACCUCGCCUUUGAAGACACUUCAAAGUCAUCAACGUGGAGUACUAUCAAUCGCUUGGAAUCCUCACGAUCCUGAUUUGCUGUUGAGUUGUGCGAAAGAUAACCGAAUUCUCUGUUGGAAUCCCAAUUCCGAUGCAGCGAAUGGCGAAGUUGUUUGCGAAUUGGCACAAACGAAUCAAUGGAACUUUGAUGUCGCCUGGAGUCCAAGAGAUCCGGGUCUCAUUGUGGGAACGAGUUUCGAUGGACACGCAGUUGUUUACUCCUUACUCGGAGGAAGAAAUCAAGAAUCUUCCGAAACAACAAAUAAAAUUGUCGAUUCAUUUCCGGGAAUGGAUCCUUUUACUCAAGCGCCGCCCGCAACUGAAACUGAAGCAGCAGCUAUUUUAAAAAAAGCUCCAAAGUGGAUGAAACGUCCAUUCGGUGCAUCGUUCGGGUUUGGUGGGAAAUUGACAAUAUUUGAGAAUGAACCUAUAGAUCCAAAUAUGCCGGCAAAUUCAAAUAGAAAAGUAUUUAUAUCGCAAGUUAUUACAAAUCCAGAAUUAGUGAAGCGAUCGAGUGAUUUGGAGGCUGCAUUAAAGUCUGAGCAAUAUGGCGAUUAUUGUAAUGGAAAGGCCAAUAUGGCGAGGGAUGAACACAAUAGAAAAAUUUGGAAUUGUGUUGGAGCUUAUUUCAGUGAUAAUGUAACGACUGGACUUCUAGAGUUAUUAGGAUAUAAUAUAGAAUCAAUGAGUAAUAAAUUAAAUCAACUUGUGCCUCGUCAAGAUAUUGAUAAUAUCACGGAUGGUAUUGCAAAUUUAGAUAACGUACUUAAUGGCAACAGUAUCGAUGGAAGUGCAGCAUUUGACGCUAUAGCGCAGCAGGAGCAAAGUAGAAUAUCAUCGCCUAAAAAAGAGCAAGAAAGAAAUUUCAAGAUCAACACAUCAGAUGAUGAAGACGGCCUCAUAACACAAGCAAUUCUUCUCGGAAAUAUUGAAGCGGCCGUUUCUCUUUGCUUCGCGAAUAAAAGAUACGCAGAUGCGGUAAUUCUUUCAAUGGCAGGUGGUCCCGAUUUAUUAGCACAAACUCAAUAUCGAUAUUUUAUGGAGCAUUCCGGAGCACUAAAUUCACUCAUUAGUUCACUGGUGAGCGAAAAUUGGUCUGACAUUGUCAAUAAUUGCGACAUUACAUGCUGGAAGGAGACUUUAGUCGGAAUAUUCACUCAUACCGCUCCCAGAGAACGAGCAAUUCUUUGCGACAUGCUGGGCGAUCGUCUUGCAUCAAGUGACAACGCCGAACUUUCGAAAGAAGCAGAAAUUUGCUUCAUUUGUUCUGGGAAUUUGAAUAAAAUAAUUGAACUAUCAGAUUCAUCGAUUCAGGAGAAAGCCGAACUUGUCACGAUAAUGCAAAAGGCUUUGGAAAUACAAGGAACAAGGGAAUUUGUAAUUGAAGGUCAAAUCGCAUCGAUUUUAUCACAAUACGCAGAAAUGUUGGCAUCUGAAGGCAAUUUUGAAUCAGCUCUCAAUUAUCUGGGAAAUAGUCAAGAGCCGAGAAUUGCAAUGCUUCGCGAUCGUUUAUACCGAGCUUUGGGUUACAUUAAAGAUGCACGUCCAAGACAAUCGACACAAAAUUAUUAUCAACAACAACAACAACCACCACAACAACAACAACCAAGAAAAUCCUUACCAUCAAAUAAUUAUUCGGUCCAAUCAAAUAAUUGGAAUACAACACCUUUGAAACAAUCGUAUCCAAGUGUGGGGAAUAAUUUUGGAUCGUCUAUGAUUCCAUCAUUGCCAUCGGGACCUGUUCCACCAAUCGAUCAAUUUUCAAAUCAAGCGUCGUUGCCUUAUGGACAAAUUUCAACACCUCAGGUAGCAGCGGCAGCAGCACCGCCUCCUCCUCCACCGACUGCUGCCAGCGGUAAUCUUUCCGGUUCACGACCACCGAGUGUUGGACCACAAUCAAGAUCGAAAUAUAUUAUUGAUCCUUCAGUGAAAUCGGGACCAACUUAUGGAGGAAUUUCGAAUUAUUCUCAACAACCGUCGAUGUUUGGAGGGCAAACAAAUCCUGUUGCGGGUUUCCCGCCGCAAAACACUUUCCAACCGCAAACUCCUUUGGCCAAUUCAACGUAUCAAAAUCCAGUGCCGAAUCAAAUGUUCAGUGCACAGGAACCGAUUGUCGGUGGAUUGAUAACACCAAAUCAGGCGCAGUCACAGAUUUACGAUCCGAACAGAGGCCAAGCGAUUAAUCAACCACCACAAGUUUAUGACACUCCUUAUCUGGCGUCUCCACAACCUUCCGGUUGGAAUGAUCCCCCAAUCAGCAAUAAACCCACGAGAAUGCAGCCAAAGGCAGAAUUUCAACAACCGGAUCCGAUUCUUCAUCCUUUGAGAGGCGCUGUUCCACCACAAGAAUCGAAUUUUAUGCAGCCACAAGGUUUUUAUCAAGAACCACAAAUGCCAUUUAAUCAACAAUACAAUCAAAAUGUUUUGAAUCCUUCAAAUCAAUAUAUGCAAAAUGUUGAACCUCGCCAACAAAUGCAACCUAUACAAACAAUGCAACCAGCACAAAAUAUUCCUCCUGCGAGAAUUGCUGAACCAGAAAAACCAAAAGCACCGAUUCCAGAGGAGCAUCUUCAUUUGAAAACAGUUUUAGAUGAAUUGCAGGCUCAUUGUUUGGAAAAUGCAAAAAAUCCUCAAACCAAAAGAAAAAUAGAAGAUGUUGCCAGAAAACUCGAAGCUCUUUAUGAUUGUCUGAGAGAAAACAAGCUGACUCAAAACACACUCCAAGGAUUACACCAAAUAUCACAAAUGAUUCAAAACGGUGAUUAUACAGGUGGACUGGGAAUUCACACGCAACUUGUUUCAGGACCAGAUUUUAGUCAAAUUGCUUCAUUUAUGCCAGGUAUCAAAGUACUACUUCAGAGCGCUUUACAAUUAAGCGUCUACAUCAGAUAGAGAAUGAUUUGUUUCUUUUCCUAUUUUUUUAUCACGAAAAUUAGAAAACCAAUCGCAGUUUUCUCUUAUUAUUUUGUAAUAUAAUCGGCAUAUUACAUGUUUUUAAAAAAUGUUUUUUUUUGUAAAUUUGCCGUAAAUAUUUUUUUUUGUACAAAGCAAAGUAUCAUAAAUCAAAAUGUUUAUCAUUAUUAGGAAAAAAUUCAAUUGAUAAUAUAGAAUAUAUAAAUAUUAAAAAAAAAUACGGAAACGUGAAUAAGAUAAAAUCUUUAUAAAAAUUUUGCCAAAAUAUUGUUUCCUGGGGAGAUACUUUCCUUUUUAUUGUAUAAAAACUUAGUUUAUCAAA